AUGGAUGAAACUGAUCCUUCUUUUCAUAUGUUUAGAGAUGACCUUUUGGAGCUGUUACCCGAGGUUUCUCUGUGUAGCGAGGUUGAUGAUGGCUAUGAAUGGACGCUAUCGGGUGAAGGUUGUUUUUCUGUUCAUUCCUGUUAUGAGUUGUUUUUAUCUGGGGCUUAUGCAGAUUCUGUUUGUCAAGAAGAGACUGCAAAUGCGCUGGUUUCGUUAUGGAAGGUUGAAGCUCCGCCUGAAUUGUUAUUUUUUGGGUGGAGAGUUCUACUUAAUAGAAUGGCAACUAAAGAUCAACUUUUCAAACGCAGUAUUAUUACAAAGCGUAACGAUUCUUUAUGUGUGUUUUCUAAGUCGCAAGAAGAAACUAUUGCUCAUAUUUUUGGAUCUUGUUCUUUUGCGGAUUAUAUUUGGCGAAGAGUGUUAAUUUGGUUAGAUCCUUUUGAGGAAUUGACUUUGGAGGAAUUUAAGUCUUUUUUAUGUUACGUUGAGAAAGUUAAGAAUGUUUUGAAGAGAAAAAUAGAAGUUGUGAGUUGGUUGGUUUCGAUAUGGAGCAUUUUGUUAUCGAGAAAUAAUUUUAUAUUUAAUCAUAUUGUCCCUUCUUUCGAUGAUUGUAUGUCAGGCAUUGAUUUUAGAUAG